AUGGCGUUUCUGAUUUUGUUCGGAAUGAUUCUUUUUGCAGCUGGAAAAAUGAUGAGAAGAAACGAGGCUCCUGCAGCUGAUAAAACGGCUCCUGCCCAUGAUGAUCUGGUUCUUGAUAUUGAUGAGCUAUUAACUCCUGAUUCUGCUGCUGGAAACCCGGUCAGUUUCUCCACAUCUUUGGGAUUUGUAAUAGGUCCAGAUACUCACUAUGGAACCGCAGAUCACCUGUAUAGACAAUUGGAAGAUGUAGGGAUCAAGGUCUUCAUGGAUGAUUAUGACCUCACUCCUGGAAAUGAGAUCGGGCCAGAGUUAAAAGGGGCGAUUAAGUGGUCGAGGAUCUCAAUAGCCAUCUUGUCCAGAGUUUUGCUUCUAGUAAAUGGUGCCUCAGGGAUCUGCACUCCGACUUCUCUUUAUAGAGAUGCCUUACUUGAACAUGAGAGACGUUUUCCAGAUAUCGACAAAGAUAUCGUCGAAGAAUGGAGGCGGGCUCUUGUACAGACCGCGAGUGUGGUGCAAUUGCUGAAGGAGGAUUACCAAUAUGCGGACGACAAACUGGUUGGAAUUGAUCAUCAUGUUCAAGGGAUGAUGAAAAAGCUUGGUGUUGCCUACCGCGAGGGACGAGCGAUCAAAGUACAAGGAGAAGAGGUACCUGGUGUUGAAAUAUGGGGUGAGCAAGGUGUUGGAAAGACUACCCUUGCAAAGGCUGUUUUUUAUAAGAUGCGUAAAUUGUUUGAUGCACAUAGCUUCCUAGAAAUUAGUGUGGACAAGGAAGAACAAAUUAAAGCAUUGGCCGGGAAGCUUACUUGGUUUGGUCCAGGAAGUAGAAUCAUUGUGACAAUAAACAAAAAAAAUAUUUUCAAGGCUUUCGACGUUGGAGCAGUUGAAGAACACACGGUUAAACCGAUGGAUCAACGCCAUGCUCAUAAACUCUUUUGUUUGCAUGCUUUCCAAGGGGAUGCAGCCCGAGAUGUCUCCGAAUAUUUUGGCUUGUCUUUGGACAUUGCCGAAGCUAUUGGAGGGCUUCCUUCCGAAAUUGUGCGUCAGGCUUCAUCUUUACGCGAGGAAAUGAAUAUGACUAGAUGGAAAACUACCUUGGGCUUAUUGCAAAAGAAGGCAAAAAGUAGGAAAAAGCCCCACACAUUUCAAGUCAGUUACUCAGGAGGAUCUGAGCAUGAAAAUUCCAUUUAA